GCCCUGCGCGCAGCUUUUUCUCUUCUUCUUUCUUCUUCCUCUCGAGAAUAGUUCCACUUUCGAAACACAAACAAGCAUCUCAGCCAGCUCGCCAGCUCGCAUCUCUCUAUCACUCGAGACAAACCUACCUAUCUUUUUUCCCAAUCAUCACUCAAACCACUUCUCGCCAUCUCUCCCCGUCAACAAACGCCGAGAUGAAGUUCACCACCACCACCGCCGCCUCUGCGCUGCUUCUCCUCUCUGGCCAGCAGCUUGUCGCCGCCCACUCGUGGGUUGAGCAGGCGAAGCGCAUCGGCCCGAGCGGCAAACUCCUGGAUCCUCCUGGAUUUUCGCGCAGCUACGUGCCCCGUACCGGCGAUGCCAAUCUCAACAUGAUGAAGAUUAUCGACAGCACCGCCGGACAGCCGAUUUGCAACCCCGCCACUGGCAAGUCCGUCGCCAACAGCUACAAGGAUCCCAAGUUUCCCAAGCUCAAGGCUGCGCCCGGCGACAUGAUUGCCCUCAGGUAUCUGGAGAACGGCCACGUCACAAAGUGGAUGGACUCGCCUCCCAAGCCAAAGAACCAGGGCACCGUCUACAUCUACGCCACCACCAAGCCCAAGGACAACGAGCAGUUCGACAACGUCCACAAGAAGUGGACCGCUGACGGAAACGGAGGCGACAAGUCUGGCUGGCUCCUGGCCACCAGGAACUACGACGACGGGCGCUGCUACGAGGAUGGCAACCCCAACGCCGACGAGAGGAAGUCGGAGUUCAAGAUCCCCAACCAAGCGUCGACCGAUGGCCAGGGUAUGAACCACUGGUGCCAGAACGACAUCCAGCUGCCCGACAAUGUCAAGCCUGGUCAGGACGUCACCCUGUACUGGGUCUGGGACUACAGCACCAUUUCCACGAGACAGGGUGCCCCCGACAAUGAGCAUCUGGGUAACGUCAAGGUCACCACCAUCGAGAUGUACAGCUCGUGCAUGGAGAUCGCCAUCGUCGACCAGUGCAGCACCGACCUCGGUGAGGUCAAGGGCCCCAAGUGCAGCGGCGGCGGCGGCGGCGGCAGCAAGGCAGCUGCCGACACCAACGGUGCCGCCUCGUCUAGCAGCCUCUCUUUCAACUUCAACAAGAAGCAGGACCUGAAGCUUGCCGCCAUCCCGGACCAGCUCUCUAUCGGCAGGUUCCAAGUCAAGAUGAACGGCGGGGCAGCUGGAGGCAAUGGUGGCAGCGGCGGUAGCUCCCCACCAAGUGCGACGACGCCGGCGCCGUCGCUUCCUCCCAAGCCUACCACCACGGCUUUUACCUCGACCUCUACCCACACCUCGCGCAUCAAGUACGUCACCGUCACCAAGGGCAUGACCACGGUCUAUGUUACGCCCUCGGCUGCGAUCCAGACCAAGACUGUGACUGUCGAUGCUCCGAGCCGUGCCGUCGUCACCACGUCGGCUACCUCUUCUGCCAAAAUCACACCCUCUAUCCGCCGCCGUGGCCAGGGUUGGUACGGCGCUGCUCCCUAAACGGUAGAGCAU